AUGAAUGAUGAAAUAGUUGAAAAUCCUGAAAAUCAACUCAACCAAAACUUCAUCGACAGAGCAAUCAACCUGUCCAAGUCAUUUCAACACAACAAUAACUGGAAGUCAUAUCUACGCAACAAAAUUUCAAACUCAUUUUUUUGUUUAUAUGCCUCCAAAAACGAGAUCAUUUCAACAACUCAGUCGUUAACUCCAAAGUCUUCAAGUAGUUGGGACAAUAUACCCGCAAAAGUCGUAAUUUCAACAAUUCAUUCCACAGUGAUGGUUCUUGAGUAUCUAAUCAACCUGUCAUUUGCCGCCGGAAAAUUUCCCAAUAAAUAUUACACAGCCAUUUUUGUUUUCAAGCAACUGUCCAAAAAGCUUCCUCCAACGUUUGACGAAUAUUUCAAAGUAGUCAACAACCCUAGACGUGUCAAUUAUCUGAUGAGCAACAAGUCGCGAACAAAUCUGUUGCAUUCUCAUCAGAAGAAAGGUUAUGGGUUUAAUUUAUUCAUUGAGGACGUGCCUCAUAGUGAAAGUCCUUUGCAGCCACUGAAUCACGUAUGGGUGAAAAUUCCCGACCUGCUACCUGAAGGAAGUGCGGUUGACCAGUGCGAGUACAUAAAGUACACCUUCCCUCACCGCGACCAAAGUCAGAUAACCAAUCGUAACCAAAAGAGGACUAGCUCUGUUAAAAAUCGUCUUCCCAGCGUUUCAGAGCAUAUUAAACUGAACCAUAAAACAGGAUGCAGUUUUUCUGCAAUUUGCGUCUCCAAGUCAAAAGAUUUUGGCAUUUCUGCAGAGGAAAUGAAACUGCAAAAACUGGGUAAAGAAGCGGAGGAGCCCCUAAACCAACCAUAUUCAACAGAUGCCUCUGCCAGUGAUAAGAAUGAAAACUGCUCAAACAAGUCAAAAUUGAAAAAAUCUGUAACUGUCCAGGAGUCACUAGAAGAUGUUAAAACAAAAAGACAAGUCAUCAAGAUGUUGCUCACGGUGGUCAUCCUCUUUACCAUGUGUUGGUCGCCUAUUUUAAUUGAAUCCGUGUUAGCAGCUUUUGACAUUGGUCAUCGGUUAAACUUCGGUCCCAUCAAACACGCCCGCCAGGCAUUUGCUCUACUUUCCUAUUUCAACAGUUGCGUCAAUCCAAUCGUCUAUGGCUUCAUGUUGAAAAAUUUUCGUAACAGUUUCAAGAGCAUGAUGUGUCGCUCGCAGUGCUGCCAGAAACGUUCCUGCUGUUGCAUAGGUGAAAGUGCGGGCGGCGAUAAUAAGAGAUUCAUCCACAACACUUACCAAAACAGUAAUAAAAUUUUUCAAUUUCAUUACAACGCCAACAACAACAACAAUAGCAUUAACAACAACAAUAGCAUCCAUAACGUCAACAACAAUACUAGCAACAACGCUUCAACUGUUAACACCUAUUUCAAAUCUAGUAUUAAAGUGUGCAGUUCACCGUAA